UGCAACGAAACAGAAACCCCUCACUGAUAAACCAAAACCAAACGAACCAUACCCAACUACCCAAGUCAGCUUCGAGCGGAACGCAAGGCAAGGCCUCCCCCUUUAUUUCGUAUCGAGAUACAUAGCAACUCCAUCGAAGAAUCCAUAUCUUCCGCAAUCACAGUGCUAAUAGUCUAAUAGAAACCUAGAAGAAGUACAAGAAGAAGAAAGAGGAAUGGCCGAGAAAAAAGAGAUUGUGCCUCCCAAAUACGACUUGGACGCCAAAUGGGACGCCUGUCUCGACCUGACCGUUCGCCGCUUCGUCUACUCCUCCUUGGCCGGCGCCUUUGGUGGCCUCCUCCUCUUCAGGACUCCUGUUACUCGCUGGGCAUCAGUGGCUUUUGGUGCUGGGGUGGGCAUUGGAUCUGCUUACACAGACUGUUCUCGUUUAUUUGAUGGAUCUCCAGCAAAGGUGACAGCUCCUAAGAGCGCAGAGACGCCUGCUCCCGGGAGCACGGAGACUCCUGGUCCUAAGAUCACUGAGACUCCCGCAGUUCAGGAGGCCGGGACUGAGAAUUGAUUCUCUUGAAGUUAAUCAUAAGUUGGCUGGAGAAUUGGAUCGAGAUUGUUUGUGGAUUUUCUCACCGUGGAUGUUUUUUGAAUAGUUAGUACAAAACAUUGUUUUUGAUGGAUAAAUGAGUAACCUGGUGUAUGUCGAAUCCCAGUAUCUCUAGUUCUGUAAUCCUACUAUAUUGGGUGGAGUGUACUUUGGGGAGGAAAAUGAAGAAAUAAUUUAGUUUCUUGCGGGCUUGAAA